AUGGGCUCAGAUACUGCCUUGCGCAAGCUCUGGGAGCACCCCGAUCCCAAGAGCACCCAGAUGUAUAAGUUCAUACAACAAGUCAACCAGACGCACUCUCUACACCUCCAAACCUUUCAAGACAUGUACACCUGGUCGUGUGCCAACCGUGCCACCUUCUAUGCCCAUGUCUUUACCUUUGCCAAUAUUAUUCAUUCUGGCGCUCCUACGAGCAUCGUCGACGAGGCAGCCCCGAUCGAUGCCGUCCCCGUCUGGUUCCCCGGCGUCUAUCUUAACUUUGCCGAGAACCUGCUUUACACGCGCACAUCGGCAGACCCCAAGGAUCACCGCGGCACCAAGGACAAGGAGGACGGCAAGAUUGCGCUGACCGAGGUGCGCGAGGGCAACAGCGCCGUUCGAGACGUGACCUGGGCCGAGCUCAGAAGGGAGGCCGGGCGGCUGGCCUCGGCCAUGAAGGCGCGGGGCGUGACCAAAGGGGAUCGCGUCGUCCUCGUUGGCGCCAAUUCAUUCGAGACGCUCCUCGACGACGCCGCCCUCUACAAUGGCAAGACGGUUGAUUUGCGAGACAAGAUGGCCGGUGUCGCCCAGGGCAUGAAGGAGUGCGAUCGAUUCGAGGGCAUCGUCUCCAUCCGCCGCUUUGAGAAACCCCUUGCUAUUUCCUCUAUCCCCAAGGCCGAAACGCUCGACCAUUUCCUCGAGUCCGCGUCGGCCACACCGCCCCCUUUCGUGCACGUCGGCUUUCAAGACCCCUUUCUCAUUUAUUACUCCUCUGGCACAACGGGCACGCCCAAGGCCAUCGUCCACGCCGUCGGAACGCUGCUGCUCAGCGUUGCCAAGGAAUCCCGCCUGCACGAGGACGUGACACCCGACUCCGUAGGUCUGCAGUACACCACGACCGGCUGGAUCAUGUACCUCGCCAACGUGGCGCAGCUCCUCUUUGGAGCCCGCGCCAUUCUCUACGACGGAUCGCCCUUCCAGCCCGACCUCACCACCUUCAUCCGCAUCAUGGCCGAGCAGAAGAUCACCAAGCUCGGCACGAGCCCGCGCUGGCUCUUCGAGAUGGCCAAGGCCGGCAUCCGCCCAAAGGACGUUGCCGACCUGUCGUCGCUCCGCAUAGUCUCUACGACGGGCAUGGUCUUGUCAGAUCAGCUAUUCGACUGGUUCUACGACGAGGGGUUCCCGAAAAACGUGCAUCUGGCCAACAUUUCUGGCGGCACAGACAUUGCUGGCUGUUUCGGCCUCAUGAACCCCCUGACGCCAGUGUACCGAGGCGGAACACAGGGCCCCUCCCUCGGCGUCCCGAUUGCCAUCUACGACGCCCAGCUGCCCGACGGACCCGGGAAGGAACUCCCCGUCGGCGAACCCGGUGAGCUCGUCGCCACGGCGGCGUUCCCGAACAUCCCCAUCUAUCUCUGGGGCGACGCCGCCGCACGCCCUGGCGCCUCGACCCUGAACACGGCACCGGCGGGCUCGCGAUACCACGCCGCGUACUUUGGCCGCUUCGACCACGUGUGGGCGCAUGGAGAUUUCUGCGCCAUCCAUCCCGAGACGGGCAACGUGUCGUUCCUUGGCAGGGCCGACGGCGUGCUCAACCCCUCGGGUGUGCGUUUCGGCAGCGCCGAGAUUUACGCCGUCAUCGAGAGACGGUUCGCCGAUCGCGUGGCGGACAGCCUGUGCGUAGGGCAGCGCCGGCCAAACGACACCGAUGAGAGUGUCAUGCUCUUCCUCAUGAUGCGGCCCGGACACAAGUUUGACCGUGAGCUGGUGGAGGGGGUCAAGGCAGCUAUCGGGAAGGAACUGACGAAGAGGCAUGUCCCACGUUGGAUAUUUGAGACGCCUGAGAUUCCAACGACUGUGAACCUGAAAAAGGUCGAACUGCCAGUGAAGCAGAUCGUGUCGGGACACACAAUCAAGCCGAGCGGGACGCUGCUGAACCCGAAGAGCCUAGACUACUAUUACCAAUUUGCCAAGGUCGAGGAGCUGGUCGCUGGGAAGGGGAAGCUGUAG